UAUCUUGUCGCUUCGCUACUCGCGUUUUUCGCGAGACUUGCAUAACGGUGUUUGCAGCUAAGAACGCGGUGGAACUCAACCUAGUGAGCCUGAGACUAAGGACAUGGGUUCCACGGUGAAAUUUGUCAUCUUUUCGCUGUUGGGUUUGAUAAAUGAACUGGUCAAUGCUUCAGAUCCGCCACCCAUUCCAACAGAAAACUUGCUGGUGAUUACAGCAGCCACCAAAGAAACGGAUGGAUUCAAGCGUUUCAUGCGAACUGCCAAGGAGUUUAACUAUUCAGUCAAGAUCCUUGGAUUAGGAGAAGACUGGAAGGGGGGGAAUGUGGCACAUACAGUUGGCGGCGGGCAGAAAGUGCGCUGGCUAAAAAAUGAAAUGAAGAAAUAUGCUGAUCAAGAGGAGCUGGUUGUGAUGUUUGUUGACAGUUAUGAUGUAAUCUUUGCUAGUAGUCCCAAAGAGCUACUCUGGAAGUUUCAGCAUUUCAAUCACAAAGUUGUAUUUUCUGCUGAGGGGUUCUGUUGGCCAGACCAAAGGUUGUCCCCCAAGUAUCCUGAAGUCUAUACUGGAAAGCGCUAUCUGAAUUCUGGAGGCUUUAUAGGUUACGCCCCUUAUAUCUAUGAGAUUGUCAAACAGUGGAAGUAUCGGGACGAUGAUGAUGACCAACUCUUCUACACCCACAUUUACCUUGACAAGGCUCAGAGGGAGAAAUACAAUAUUACACUGGACCACAGAUCUAGGAUUUUCCAGAACUUGAAUGGCGCAAUUGAGGAAGUCGUCAUAAAGUUUGAGAAAAGUCAUGUGAGAGUACGAAAUGUGGCUUAUGACACACUACCUGUAGUAAUACAUGGCAAUGGUCCCACCAAGCUUCAACUGAACUAUCUUGGGAACUAUGUUCCGACUGCCUGGACACAUGAAGAAGGUUGUGGGAUCUGUGAUGAUGACUUUUUGGAUCUCACCCAAGUACCAGAUGAGCAGCUGCCCCGUGUGCUUAUUGGUGUGUUCAUUCAGCAGCCUACUCCAUUUGUACCAGAAUUCUUGGAGCGGUUGGUACACAUGGACUAUCCCACAGAGAAGCUGAAUCUGUUCAUCCACAAUAACGUUGUGUAUCACGAGAAGCACAUCCAGGUAUUUUGGGAAAAACACAAAGAUAAAUUUCCAAAUGCAAAAUUGGUUGGCCCAGAAGAGAACUUAGGCCAGCGUGAUGCCAGGAACAUGGGCAUAGAUCUUUGCCGCAAGGACCCUCAGUGUGACUACUACUUUAGCAUGGAUACAGAUAUCGCUUUGGUCAAUCCAGAAAGUCUGAAGAUCCUCAUUGAGGAGAACAAAGAUGUAAUUGCACCAAUGAUGUCUAGACAUGGGAAGCUCUGGUCUAAUUUCUGGGGAGCAUUGAGCCCAGAAGGAUACUAUGCUCGAUCUGAAGAUUAUAUUGAUAUCGUGCAGUACAAGCGCAUAGGUGUUUGGAAUGUACCCUACAUCACACAGAUCUACCUGAUCAAAGGAGAAACGCUACGCAAAGAGCUAUCUCAGAUCAACAUGUUUUCUCACGAGGUCAUGGAUCCAGAUAUGGUCUUUUGCAGAAAUAUCCGUGAGCAGGGUAUAUUUAUGUACAUCAGCAAUCGAGAUGAUUUUGGACGGCUCAUCGCCUCAAACAAUUACAACACGAGUCGACUGCACAGUGACAUGUGGCAGAUCUUUGACAACCCAGUGGACUGGAAGGAAAAAUACAUCCAUGAAAAUUAUUCCAAAAUCUUUGAGGAAGAUGGAGAUGAUGUUGUGGAAGAGCCAUGUCCAGAUGUAUAUUGGUUCCCUGUCUUUUCUGACAAGAUGUGUGAUGAGUUGGUGGAGGAGAUGGAAAACCAUGGCCAGUGGUCAGGAGGAAAACAUGAGGACACCCGUCUUUCCGGUGGCUAUGAGAAUGUGCCAACUGUGGACAUCCACAUGAAUCAGAUUGGUUUUGAAAAAGAGUGGCUGAAAUUCCUGAAGGAGUACAUUGCUCCAGUGACAGAGAAGCUCUACCCUGGUUAUUAUGCAAAGGCAAAAGCAGUGAUGAACUUUGUUGUUCGCUACCGUCCAGAUGAGCAGCCCUCACUCCGGCCACACCAUGACUCCUCAACGUUCACCAUCAACAUUGCUUUGAAUCGAAAAGGCAUUGACUUCCAGGGUGGUGGCUCUCACUUUAUUCGCUACAAAUGUAAGGUAGAUACGCCCAGAAAAGGCUGGUCCUUCAUGCACCCAGGUCGACUGACACAUUACCACGAGGGACUGCCAACAACGAAUGGCACAAGAUACAUCAUGGUUUCCUUUGUGGAUCCAUAGGACUCAACUACCAGUCUUAUUUUGUUUUUUUUAAAUGAUGGGUUGGGACUGGGGAAUGUGCCACAGUAGCCACAGAUUUGUAUCACAAAGUCUGGUGUGAAAUUGAAUCCACUGCAGGUCCAUCUUCUACUAAGAAUGAAAUUGCAUGUGGACAUCUGCGGUAGAAAUUUCCUAAUUGGCCAGCGCCCACAGUCACACAAGAUCUGGAAGGAAUGACAUCAUUUAAAAAAAUUAUUACCUCUGCUAUUAACUUAUUUAUUGAAAAAAUUGAGACUCCUUAUUGUCCAUCUGGGAAAAAAAUGCUGAAAUUAUUGGUACUUUCAUUUUGGAUGGAAGCUUGGCAGAUUAUUUUUAUUAUGACUAAUUUCUUUUAUUACAGUGCCUUGUUGAAAACAUUCAGAGACUUGAUUAGGUCAGGACAAUCUACAUAAAUGGAAGAUUUGCUAUGGUCAAGUUGUCUACCUCUCUCUCUCUCUCUCUCUCUCAGAAUGAACAUAUUCGACAGCAAAGUGUACUUAAGCAGAAAAGCUGGGGCAUUAGUGUCAACUUCUUCUUUUAAGAAAUACUUUCGCUUUGAAAUCAUCUUUAAAUGAGGGAAAUAAGUUCUAAUAAUAUUGUUAUACCAUUGGGUAUGUUAGGUGUGUCCUUUUAAACCAUUUAAAGUCAUUCUGCUCAGUCAGUGGGAGGAUUCCAUUUUUGGUAUGGGUAUGUGAGGCAAGUGAAUAAAGUGUCCUUUUUGAAAUACUGUCAUUAUAAUUGGUGUAGGAAAGGAUUUCAAUUUUUAAUAAUCAUGGAGUCAGUUUACUAUUAUUGCUUUUUUACUCUUUUGACUCGGAAGGAAAAGAGUGGUAGGUUGGUGUUUGUAAUAUUAGGAUUAGGAUAUUUUCUUGGAAUUCCACUUAAUAAUGCUCUUUUGAUGAAGACUGGGCAUUUCCACUUUUAUAAUAAUUCCAUUACACCCUGUCAGUGUGAGAUGGUCUGUAAAGAGAUUUGUUUUAAAAUUUUAGUUCUUGUGGAAAUGGUGGCUGAUGAAUUUUUCCUUCUAGAAGCACCAGGAACAACAGAAAGUGGAGUCAUUUGAAUUUUUACUGCCAACAGUUGAUGAUAGUUGCUGUUGCUGUAUCUUAUAUUCUCACUAUAACCUAGGAGAAGACAGCAUGAUCAUGUGUCAUGUCUGGGUUAGAGUUCCAUUUAGCCAAAUAUUAUUGUAAUUAUAAGAUUACUAUGUCCCAAUUAGUUAGAACAAACGUCCUGUCGAUCACAUUCUUAUAUUUCUCAAGACUUUUACUGGGAGUUUCCUUUCUUGGCUAUAUUUCCAUGUUUUGUUUGUUUGUUUUGUAGUGAGGAGCUAGGGAGUCUGUCCUUUUGUAACAUUCAUAAGCCAGUUUUUUUUUGGCGUGUUCCCCUCAUCACAAAUAUUCAAGCGCAUUUGGAAAUUUGUAAGUGUUACAAGGCCCCUUAUCUCCAAGACAAGUAAAUAUGCAGGUGACAUUUCAGAAAUUCAAUUGCUAGGAAAAAGCUUUCCAAAUCAGUUUAGUAAUCAAAUCGACUUGAGGUUUUGAAGCUUUAAAGUCACUUUUUUUUUGUUACAGUAGUAGGAUAAAGUAAGCCCCUUUUUUGGAGCUUGCAUGCCAACUAGAGAUGUAUUUGAACAUUAGGAUGUUUGGGGGAUGGCGGUAUAGUAACAAAAACAAAAUAAAAAGCAACACCACUUCAAAAAUUUCAUUGCUAAUCUUCUUCUUCCUGGCUUACAGUUAAAUAUUACAGCAUCAUCCAUUGCUUCUAAUUAAUCAGUGUGAACCUCAAAGCUUUCUUUGUGUAUGGAAAUUGAGCAGAGAUGUUCAUUUCUGCAAUUUUCCCUUCUUGUCUAUUAGAAUCCUUUAUGAGAGAGAGUGAGAGAGAGUAAUCAAGAGGAAGGAUAUGUUGCAAUGAAGAGAGCAGGAGUUGGGGGGCUUGAUGGUGUCUGAGCCUUGAAGCAUCGUCAUCCUCUACUUUAUUGUGUUUUUUUGAUCUUUCAGCCAUUGUGCCGAAUGUUAUGUGAUACAAACCAAUUGCUGCCAAAGGAAAGUGCUUUCUGAUUUAAAUACAAUGCCUGUUUCAUUUCAAAGGGUUGACAAUUAAAAUACCUCUUAAACUCAAAGUACAAUUAUAGUUAUUGGAUGACUUUAAAAUGCCAUUUAAAAAAACAAUUGUAGUGUUAGCAUCAGUUUUUAUGAAAACAAUCAACUGAACUUGUGCUUUUGUUUUCUCACUAUUGCUUUGUACAAAGUGCAUUAACUUAUUUUUAAUGCUAAGUAAACCUGAAACACUUUUUAAAAAAA